GCGCUUUUUUACACUUACAUGUAAUAAUGCGCUAAUAUUUUUUGCAUUUGUACGUAAAUAAAUAGUUUCUCUUUUUCGCGUCCUAUGGUAUUGUCCAUGAAAGUGUCAGUAUGAACCAAAAUAUCAUGCACAAUUACGAUAAAUCCGACGAAAACUUAAAGUAUUGUCAAAUAUUAAGCGCCACGUUAAGUGACAUUGUCAAGCACAGUAUAAAUAUCGAGUUCCGAAAUCAAUGUUUCAAAAUAUUAAAGACACAUAGUUCGUUGGGUACACGAACAGCUCUCGCGACCAACUUAUUGUCGAUUAUACCUCACAAUUGUCGCGAUAAAAGGACGCAAAAACAAUAAAAUAUUAAUUUGCUGCUAACAUACGAUGAAGAAGCUACACGAAUGGCUAUUAGUUGCAACAGGUCUUUUCAGUGUAUGGUACGCUGCACUUACAAGCAACUCUGCUCUUGUCAAAGAAUGGCAAAGCGUUAUACUUUUUCUUCCGAUCGUUUUCUUACUCCUCUUUGGUUUAUUUGCGGCUACUGUCGUAAUAUACAGAGUAUUCACCUUUAAUACUUGUGAAAAUGCAGCUAUUGAGCUUCAACAGCAAAUAGUAGAAGCUAGAAAAGAUCUUCGAAACAAAGGUAUAAUAUUUAAAGAAAUCAGUGCUUCUUCAGCUUCUUGAAACUUCCAUAGUUAAUAUAAAAUAAGAGAAAAGUGAUAAAUUCAUUCCUCAUAUGUAUGAAUGUUUAUUAUUUCUGCAAAUUUUAUGUAUGUA